UUCAAGUCAUGUAUGUUAAUACAGUAUAGUAUACUUCUUAUAAUGUGUAAACAGGUUAAGUUGUGCAUUAGUCAGACAGACAGGACAUUGCAAUUUAUAUAUAAUUAUUUGCAAAAUGCAAUAGGUAUUUAAAUACCUAUAUUUUAUACUACAUACAUAUGUAGUUUGAAAUCUCGAGAAACGACGUAUUCGAUGAUGUAGGAUGUAGGUAUGUUUCCAAACUAGUCUUAAUCUCGUAUGGAAGUUCUUGGAGUAAUACUGUUUUAUAAGUCAAAGUAUAAAAGAUUAAUUCAGUUUAUUAGUCUGACGACUAAUUUCGCGUGUUGGUUUGCGGUCGACCGAACUAGUCGUGGGCGGCAACAACGGGUGAGCCAAUUGAUGACAACAUUCAGAUGAUUAGUCUUGAAUUUCUUCGGCGUAGUACGUCUCACGCGUACAAGUGUUGCUCGAAACAUUGAUCGAGUCUCGAUCGCAAGGACUCGGUUAUAAAAAUGUACACGAAAUUCGAUGGGAAUAAUAGAAGUUAAAUUUACACGAGUCAAGCGUAGCUUCGAGCAGUUUACGAAGAUAAACAAUGUUUUUUUACGUAAACGACUCGAGUCACGAUUCGAUUCAAUUACCGUCUGAAACUGUUUGUUUAUGUUCCUCACUAUUUAUGAUUCUAAUAUAUUUCACGUUGUCUACAGUAUAAGCCCACGUAGUAUAUCAAUGGAAUAUCAGAUAACGUUGCUUAAUCGUAAGAUAACAAUAAUCAAAAGUAAGGUUGUCAUGUUGUUUAUCGUUUUGUGGUCGUGUGAUGUAAGAACAGUGCGCCUCCUCUUAAAACAGUUUUACGCUUGUCUAUUUAACGUGCCGGUACAUCUCGACAGUCAUUUAAAUUUCGGUUCGGUUAUCAGCGUCGUGGUCGUUACGCGUGACGGGUCGCUAGUGGAUAGCUCGCUGGAGUUGUAGUGCUCGCAAUAGUGAGCUCGCGUCCCGCGUCUCAUGCACAACCGGUUACACUUACUCAUAUAAUAAUACAUAGUGUAUUCACUUCUUAUAAUAAUAUUGUAGUUCGCUGUGCAAUUACCUGCUAUUUACUUAUAAUACGACCGUUUGUUAUUUUCAUUUGGUAUUCGAUAUAAAAUAUACCUACUCAACUUUGGAGCAAGAUAGCUCUUGGCCCAAAUGACGUCUGUGCGAUUCUCAGAGCGGGGCGGGGCGACAUCAGCGGCGUCGAGGUCGGACGACAGCGAGGGUGAGGAGAUCAGCGCACUCGAGCAGGAGUUGUCACUGGACGACCCCGAGGCGCCGGCGCGCGCGCUCGCCGCUCUCAACGCGCUGCGCAAGGCGCGUCAGCACUACGACGUCCUGCUGGCGGCGGCCGGCGAGGAGGUGGCCGCCCACCGCGCCGUGCUGGCCGCCAUCUCUCCACGACUGCUCGCCGCGCUCGGCGCCGGCCCGCCCGCCGCCGCGCCCGAAACCUUGCGCGUGUCCGGCGUCGAAGCGGAUGCGCUUCGCGAGCUCGUGGAGUACGCCUACACGGGCCGCCUACGCGUGCGCGACGCGGCGACGGCUCGACGGCUGUACCGCGCCGCGGCGAAACUGCGCGUGGAGCCGGCUCGUGCGCACCUCGCCGAGCGACUUAUGCGCCGCCUCGCACCCCACGAUUGUCUAGCAUUGCGUGCUCUGCCGGAUCUCGCCCCGCACCACAGAGCACAACUCGACACCUUCAUAGCGCAGAACUUCGACGAAAUAUGCGAGAGUGGUGCGUUAGCGGCGCUGCCAUUGAUUCGUAUCGAGUUGUUACGGGAGACGAGUGCGGACGGUGGCGAGGAGGCUCCCGCGGCCGUCGCUGACGCCGCGCUGGCGUGGCUGCGGGACCAUCACGCCGCAGACGUCGACUUGGAGGAGUUGUGCUCUCGGACUCAUCUUCUAUUUGUGGACGCCAAAGGUUCACUGCGCGACUGCGGCGAGCUGCCGGCGGCGCGCGGUGACGCCCCCGAGCUGCAGGAGUACCGCCGGGAGGCGCGCGAGCGGGAGCGCGGACAGCGGCGCCGAGACAAGCCGCCCGACCGCGCCGCCGACGACGAGGUCCUGGGCGAGAGCUCGGUUAUAGCGGCUCGGGCCGGCGUCGGCGCCGGUGGAGGCGGAGCCGGCGCGGGCGUGACGCGUGCGGUGGUGGCGAUUCGAGGAAGGCUGGCCGGAGCCCGAGUGGCGUGGCGUGUGGGAAACGCGGAGGGCCCGCGCGGGGGCAGGCUGGGAGGCACGCGGCCCGACGAGGCGCCGCCGGAGCCCGAGUGCGCGGGCGAGGUUCGCGCACACAUGACGGUGGGGCGCUGCGCGGUUGGCGCGGCCGCGCUCGGCCAGCGACUCGUCGUCUGCGGCGGUUACGACCGCGCUCGCGUGCUUCGUGCCGCAGAGGCCUACGACCCGCAGACCAACUCGUGGUCGCCGCUACCAGAUAUGAAGCGGGCUCGCGCGCGCUUCCCCGCCGCCCGUCUCGGCAACUCGCUGUACGUGUUCGGGGGGUCGGACGGGCAGACCGAGCUGGACUCGGUCGAUGUGUUCGAGGAGGACGCGGCGGGCGGCGGCUCGUGGCGGGCCCGCGCGCGCAUGCCGCUGGCGCGCUCGCACGCGGCGGCGGCGGCGGACGAGGCGCGCGGGGCGCUGUACGUGGUGGGCGGCUGGGCCGGCGGCCGCAGCCUGCGCGCCGUGCACCGCUACUCGCCGGACGAGGACCGCUGGAGCGACGCGCCGGCGCUGGUGACGGGCCGCUCGCAGUGCGCCGGCGUCGUGUGGGAGGACGCGCUGUGGGUGUUCGGCGGCUGUGACGCCUGGAACUGUAUCGCCUCCACCGAGAUGCUGCCCCUCGACGGUCGCUCCUCCGCCUGGAUCGAAGGGCCGCCGCUGGGCACGGCGCGGCGCUCGGUGGGCGCGGCCGUGUGGCGCGGGCUGGCCGUGGCGGCGGGCGGCUCGGCGGGCGCGGCGUCGCUGCGCGGCACGGCGCUGCUGGCGCGCGGCGCGGCGGCGUGGCGCGCGGGCCCCGCGCUGCGCCGCGCGCGCGCCGCGCCCGCGCUGGCCGCGCUGCACGACGUGCUGUACGCCGCCGGCGGCUUCUCGGGCAAGGAGUUCCUCGCCUGCGUCGAGUGCCUGUACGAGCCCGACGGCGAGUGGACCACGCUGUGCGCGCCGCCGCCGCCGUCGCGCGCGCUGCCCGCCGACGCCGGCCGGGUCGAGGACGGUCCGCGGCAGAACGGCGAGCUGUCCCCGGAGGGCUAGCGGCGUCGUCGGCGGCCACGUGACGCGUGACGUGAUAUUGAGUAAUUUUAAUCUUGAGUAUUAUAUUUAAUGUGUAUAAGAUGUCUAUAACGAACGUGCGAGCCGAGCGUCGUUUAUACCUACCUCAAAAUUAUUCGUGCCUGUCGUCCGAGCGCUCCUCUCGAACCCUCGAUGUACAUUUUGACGAUAAAGUGGGCGGGUCGGUCGCCGCCUGCGUGUCCGAACGUACUCGGCCGUCGGUCGGACUAACGCAACAUUCCAGUCGGCACGGGACGCGGCGACCGCUCCGUCCCCUUUUAUAUUAUGGGUAUGUUAUAUAUUUUUAUUAGGAACAAAUGUUCGUUUUUUAAAAUAAGUAUUCGUACUGAACAAUAUUUGCAUUUUAUUACUACGAAACUAUUCCAGAGCGUCAGUGAUUGUUGCACUGUGCUUAUGCCUAUUGCAUGUUUACAUUAUAUGAUGUAUUUUACAAACAUACACUCGACGGAGCGCUGGUCGCACACGACACCGAUACUCAGUGAUUAAUCGGCCAUUGGUCCGUCGGCUGUAGUUGAGCUUCGAAAGGUAAGUUUGUUAAGUGCAUCGUGACCGCUCCUGAGCGGUCGCUCCUUAGUUAAUAAAAGACUCUAAUUUUAAUAGCGUCAGGUCGCCAGGUCGCUGCGACCUCCCCUAAAGUUGAAGUCGACGGUUCAACGAAACCUCGUGACGUGUCGUCUAUUUGUUACAAGUCCGUUAGUGAAAUAUUUGUUACAAUGAUUCGUUGUUAGAGUUUAAAGAGAUUGAGAUAUAAUGGGGCGUCGCGGCGACGGCGGCCGCGCGUUGAGUUGCUUCCUGUACUAUUGUUUACGUUUCAUUUAAUAAACGUGAUUAAGAUUU